CUGAAAAGCUCAUGUCGCGAGAUAAGGCUGCUAGAACUACCUCCCCUGUCCCAGUGGUCCGACCAAUACGAACCCGCAUGCCGCCUCUUUCAUUCCAGCCUUGAUCAUGAUCCACGGUUCCGCGCACUUUCGUAUGUUUGGGGCGACCAGACCGAUCAGAGAAUCAUAAAAGUGAACGGGUGUACGUUCAAGGUCAAUCAAAACUUGUUUGGCGCAUUGAUGGGGAUUGUACGGUCAAAAACAAUCGUCAUAUGGAUCGAUGCAAUAUGCAUCAACCAGAAAGAUGAUGAAGAAAAAGGAUGGCAAGUUGCAAUGAUGGGCGACAUUUAUCGAAAGGCAUCCAAAGUCUUUGCUUGGCUAGGA